CGCGGAAAAUGGCGGCCUUUUCCUCGGGGGAUGAUAGUGAAGAUCCUCUUCCGAAAUACGGAUGGAGGGUUCAUCUCGACAAUGUAUUUUCACAUAAGCCUCAACCAUGUUAUAUCCCUCGGUGGAGUCAGAUACCAAGGCUAAUAGGUCUAGGAUGGAGGUUCAUGAAGUACGCUACAAGAGAAAGAAAAAACGGCAGAGUUCCUUUCAUAGACCCUUUCGCCACAAAUCCUUGUCGUCAAGUUUACGGGGUACCUCUGGGUGGAAUCGGAUGUGGUAGUAUUGGACGAGGAUGGAAGGGUGAUUUUAACAGAUGGCAGCUCACUCCAGGAAUGUACAACUACACCUAUGUAGAGGCAAAUCAGUUCAUUGUUUGUGUGCGAAAGAAAGGAAGAACUACUUAUCAGGCUGUAUUAUCGCCAAACCGUCCAAAUGGUGUGCUGUGUGGACGUAGUUUACAGGGAUGGAACUGGGGAUUUAAUGGUGCCAAUGCAACAUACCAUGCUCUCUAUCCACGGGCAUGGACAAUUUAUUAUCUGCCUGGACAAAACAUCAAGCUUGUUUGUCGUCAAGUUUCACCUGUGUUUCCUCAUGAUUAUCGGGACACCAGUUUACCAGUUGCUGUCUUUGUCUGGGAAGUGGAAAAUAACAAUGAUGAAGAGGUGGAAGUGUCAAUUAUGUUUACUUUCCAAAACAGUAAUGGAACUGUGAAUGAAGGAUCUAGUGGGCAUUAUAAUGAACCUUUUACCUGUAAAAUUGGAAGCCACUGCUCUAUGGAGGAUCAUUCUGCAGAUAAAAGAAAUUCAGUUCUAACCAACACCUCUUGUGAAGUAACAGGAGUUCUUCUUCAUCAUAAACACCCAACCCAGCCAUAUACAUUUGGAAUUGCUGCUAAGGCACAUAAUCAGGCUGGAAAAAACAGUGUCACUGUGACAACAAAAACUGCAUUCGAUGCGCACAGUCCCUGUAGAAGGGUGUGGGAAGAUCUAUUGGAUGAUGGCAAACUCAACUCUACAACAGGACCGAGUGAGCUAUCUAAAGAGGAGCACAUUCUCUGUGCAGCAGUAGCAGCUACAACAAGAAUAGCACCCCAUGGUAAAGCUAACUUGGAGUUUUCACUCUCGUGGGAUAAUCCCGUUGUCUAUUUUGGAUCCUCUAAAAAGAAACAUUACAGGUUUUACACUCGCUUCUUCGGUCGUCAUGGUGAUGCAAGUAAAGCACUUUGUUGUCAUGCUCUUCUGCGUUAUCCUGAGUGGGAAUCCAAGAUCGAUGCUUGGCAAAAACCAAUUUUAGAAAAUGAUUCACUGCCCUCAUGGUACAAGUCAGCUUUGUUUAAUGAACUGUACUUUGUAGCUGAUGGGGGAACGGUCUGGAUGGAUGUCGAUGAUGCCACAAGUAAUGACAAAACCACUGUUCCAGAGUUUGUAAAGGAGCAUGGUAGAUUUGCCUAUUUAGAAGGCCAUGAAUACAGAAUGUACAAUACAUAUGAUGUCCACUUCUAUGCAUCAUUUGCACUUGCCUUGUUGUGGCCAAAGUUACAACUGAGUCUUCAGUAUGACAUGGCUCAGACUGUGAAUCAGACAGAUGAUCAGUCUAUACUGACAAUGAUGAAUGGACGAAACUGUCAAAGGAAGGUAGCAGGAUGCAUACCACAUGAUGUGGGAGAUCCAGCUGAAGAGCCGUGGGAGAAAGUAAAUGCCUAUACCAUCCAUGACACCGCGCACUGGAAAGAUCUUAACCUCAAGUUUGUCCUACAGGUAUAUCGAGACUUCAAGGCAACAAAGGACAUUCAAUACCUCAAAGACAUGUGGCCUAUUGCGAAGACAGUUAUGAACCAAACCAGUGUGUACGAUACAGAUGGUGAUGGCUUGAUAGAAAACUCUGGCUUUGCAGAUCAGACUUACGAUGCCUGGCCAGUGACAGGCCCUAGUGCCUAUUGUGGGGGACUGUGGCUGGCGUCUCUACGCGUCAUGCAGGAGAUAGCCCAGGUGUUGGGAGUACCAAACGAAGCACUCAAAUACGUCAACAUCCUCAAAAGAGGAAAGAGGGCAUACAACAAAUUGCUGUGGAACGGGACGUACUACAACUACGACAGCAGUACCAGUAAAUACCACGACAGUAUCAUGGCGGAUCAAAUGGCUGGCCAGUGGUAUCUGAAGGCAUGUGACUUGGGACAAUCACCAAGCGACAGGGUGUUUCCACAAGCAAAUGUACUCAGUGCUCUGAACACCGUCUACAAGUACAAUGUGCUUAAAUUCCAAGAUGGUAGUAUGGGUGCUGUGAAUGGCAUGAGACCUAAUGGCCAGGUGGACACCAGCAGUUUACAGGCCGAGGAGGUCUGGACUGGUAUCACCUACGCAGUUGCUGCUGCAAUGAUUCAGGAGGGUCUAGUGGUUGAGGGCUUCAAAACAGCCAGUGGUAUUUACAACACUUGUUUUGAGAGACUUGGAAUGGGUUUCCAGACUCCAGAGGCUAUUGUUGCUAAUGGCAACUUUCGCUCGUUGGGGUAUAUGAGACCGCUGAGUAUUUGGGCCAUGCAGUGGGCUCUUGAAAAAAAAGGCAAGCCUGCCACACAAGACGAUACCGCUGGCCGUAACAAUGCCUUCUCUCAGUGUAACGGAUUUUGUAACACCUCCAGCGAAAAUUGACCCAACGGAUCUUAUCUCAUACAUACGGAAGGAGUACAAGUCAAGUAAUUGCAUAGAAACUCACCAUUCGUUAUUUAUGUUGGAAGGUUUCAUCGACAUCUCACUAAGUUAUAUCUAGAUUUCAGACGCACGCAGUCACCCCCUAGAAUUAAUUCCGACCUUGUUCCCAGGUUUGUUUCUCUUUUUUCCCAAAGAGAGCAAAUUAAACAACCUUGGAAACAAGGUUGAAUUUUCCUGUGUUUAUUCUGUUGAUUAUUCUUAUUGUGAAAGUAUUUAAUUGUAACCAGUUUUACCUCACAGCAGUUUUUGCCACUUCCUCUGGCCGAGCAGUUAAAAAAAUGGCAACCCUUACACUAGUCUGAGAUUGAAAUUUGGUUAAUCUCUUGUAAUGUUGUUUUUAGCAGUUUUUGUUCGUACGUGACGCCUGAUGGACAAAAUACAACAAAAGAAUCGGAAAGAAAGGCCAGCGGA